GAAAAUUUACCCAUGGAAAGCAACAAUCCGAGCAGUUUUGACUUACAACCAACUUCGGAAGUUGGCUAUGAACCACCUAAAGGUAAAGAUCCAGUAGUUAAUAGUAGUUUCGGUUCUAACAUAAUGGACCACUUCGAUCAUUUGAGUGCAGAAGAUGUUAAAAAAUAUCUCAGGAAAUUGUUGCAGAUCAACAUCCUAGGAAAAAUUACGAUUUGA